GCCUGCCAGCAAGUUACCAGUUUAUAACCCACCUGCUCUGAGGUUCAGAAGCAGUCUGGCAGGCCACUGGAGGCAAAUGAAGAGCCAGGCCCCUGCCCACAUGUGGGGCCUUGUGCUGGCCGUGCCCUCGCUGCUAGCUGUACUUCACACCACCAUUGCCGAGAAGGAUGGCAUCGAUAUCUACAGCCUCACAGUGGACUCCCGGGUCUCUUCCCGAUUCGCCCAUACUGUUGUGACCAGCCGUGUGGUCAAUAGAGCUGAUACCGUGCAAGAGGCUACCUUCCAACUAGAGCUGCCCAAGGCUGCCUUCAUCACCAACUUCUCCAUGAGCAUCGAUGGCGAGGCCUACCCAGGGAUCGUCAAAGAGAAGGCUGCCGCCCAGGACCAGUACAAUGCAGCCGUGGGCCGGGGAGAGAGUGCUGGCCUGGUCAAGACCGCUGGGAGACACACAGAGCAGUUCGAAGUGUCAGUCAACGUGGCCCCCCAUGCCAAGGUUAACUUCGAACUGGUAUACCAGGAGUUGCUCAAAAGGCGACUGGGAAUGUAUGAGCUCCGCCUCAAAGUCAGGCCUCAGCAGCUGGUCAAGAACCUUCAGAUGGACAUCUACAUCUUUGAGCCUCAGGGUAUCAGCACACUGGAGACAGAGAGUUCCUUCAUGACCCCGGAGCUGGCCAAAGCCCUGACCACCUCCCAGAACAAGACCAAGGCACACAUCCGGUUCAAGCCAACACUUGCCCAGCAGCGCAAGUCUCAAAAUGAGCAGGACACAUUGCUGGAUGGGGACUUCUUUGUCCGAUACGACGUGGACCGGUCUGAGUCUGGGGGCUCCAUUCAGAUUGCGAAUGGCUACUUUGUGCACCUGUUUGCCCCAGAGGACCUACCUACAAUCCCCAAGAAUGUGAUCUUUGUCAUUGAUACAAGUGGAUCUAUGAGUGGCAGGAAAAUCCAGCAGACCCGAGAAGCCCUAGUCAAGAUCUUGAAUGACCUCAGCCCUGAAGACCAGUUCAACCUCAUUGAGUUCAGUUGGCGUCCAAGCCAAUGGCGGUCAUCCAUGGUGCAGGCCACAAAGGAGAACUUGAGGAAUGCCACGAACUAUGCUUCCACGAUUCAGGCUAGUGGAGGGACCAACAUCAAUGGUGCAAUGCUAUUGGCUGUGAAGCUGCUGGAUAGCAGCAACCAGUAUGAGAUGCUGCCUUCGAGGAGUGCCUCCCUUAUCAUCCUGCUCACGGAUGGCGAACCCACUGUGGGGGAAACCAAUCCCACAAAUAUCCUGAGGAACAUAGCAGAAGCUGUCGACAACAAGUACAGUGUCUUCUGCCUGGGAUUUGGCUUUGACGUCCACUAUCCUUUCCUGGAGAAGAUGGCAUUGGACAAUGGUGGCCUGGCCCGGCGCAUCUAUGAGGACUCGGACUCCGCGCUGCAGCUCCAGGACUUCUACCAUGAAAUAGCCAACCCACUGCUAUUAAGAGUGGCUUUUGAGUACCCCAAUGACAUUGUGGAGGAGGUCACCAAGAGCAGCUUCCAACAUCACUUCAAGGGCUCAGAGAUGGUGGUGGCUGGAAAGCUCCAGGACAAGAGCGCCGACAUCCUCUCAGCCAAAGUCAGUGGGCAGAUGCAUCAUCAGAACAUCACUUUCAAAACGGAGGCCAAGAUAUUCCCCAAAGAGGAGGAGUUCCAGAGCCCCAACUACAUCUAUCACAACUUUAUAGAGAACCUCUGGGCAUUACUGACCAUACAGCAGUACCUGGAGCAGAUGGUCUCAGCAUCAGGUGACAGAUUAAAGGCCCUCGAAGUCCAAGCUCUGAAUUUGUCACUCAAAUACAAUUUUGUCACUCCUCUCACACACAUGGUGGUCACCAAACCUGAAGGCCAAGAACAAUUUCAAGUUGCUGGAAAGCCUGUGGAAGCCGCUCCGCAUUCCCGUUUCAACUUUCCCCCUGGAGGAGCUAAACAGUUUGGACUAAGAGGUAACAAAUGGGAGAAGGGAUGGAAAAGGGAGGUUUGUAGAACUGGGCAGGAUCUAGGCCAAGCUCUGCGCUUGGCUGCGGAAGGGCAGUGCCUAGCCUACCAGCAGCCUACCUUCAGAACGAUACUACACUCGACAUCCUCAUUGCUCACACCCGCCUCAGCAUCGAGCGUUCUGGUCAGUUCUGGUCAGGCCAAGUUACCAAGCAUGGAGAAAGAGAAGAAAGACUUCUCUUUCCGCCCCAGGAACCGUGUCCUGGCUAUUUCAGCCCACUCCCAGGUUCCUACCAUCGUCUUGCCGCUCCCUGGAACCAGUGUGGACCAACUCUGUGUGGAUCUCACACCUUCUGAGAACACCAGGAAAUUGUUCAUAGACUCUGAACAGGGGCUGCAGAUGACUGGUCAGUUUAACAACGGUGCAUUUGCGUGGAUCGAAGUGACCAUCCUGAAACCUCACCUAAAGGUCUACGCAACCCCUGAGCGCUUGGUGAUGACCCGGGGCCGAAAAAACUCCGAGUACAAAUGGAGGAACACUCUGUACUCUUUGUUACCUAGUUUGAAGAUAACCAUGGACAAGAUGGGACAACUCCUGAUCAGUGGCCCAGACAGAGUGACCAUUGGCCUCUUCUCCAUGGAGGGCCCACAGAGGGGAGUCAUGCUCUUUUUGAGUGAGACCCAAAACUUCUCCCACGCCGUCAGAGGGGACCUCGGUCACUUUUAUUGGAAUCCUAUCUGGGAUCCAGAGGCUGGGCCAGAUGCUACAACACGGACACUCAGAGUUCAAGGGAGAGAGUACACGGCGACCAAAGAGUCCAAGUUGAAAUAUGAAGAAGGGUCCCAGGGAACAGAGAUCUCCUGCUGGACGGUGAAGAUAUAGCGUGGUCAGGAGCAGUGCUUUCUGCCUGCUGUCGUCGUAUGCAGGUGGAUAACACUGUGUGCCACCGGGGCCGAAUGUGAGGUCUGGAUCAUCAUGGGGAAGAGGAGUCUCCCUUGUUACGAAUAAAGAACGGUGCUGGGAGCCCAGGGAGUUGGUGUCAUGAUUCCAUGUGGCCAGUCCUGGGGGAUUAGUGCUCCAACCUAGAUAUUCUAUCUCAUAGAACAUUAGACUUUUCCAAAACUGGCCCUCAAC